AUGAAGCUUGACACAUCUCAUAUGAGGUAUCUCACCUCGGACGACUUCCGAGUCCUCCAAGCAGUCGAACUCGGCUCGCGUAAUCACGAACUUGUCCCCACGAACAUGAUCCAUUCAAUCGGUGGUUUAAAAUCCCCAACUGGGACAAUGCGAUGUAUUGGAGAUUUAGCUAAAUUAAAACUUGUCCUGAGAUUACGAAAUGCUAAAUAUGAUGGGUUUAGAUUAACAUAUAAUGGAUAUGAUUAUCUUGCCUUAAAAUCGAUGUUGAAUCGUGAAACUUUAUAUUCUGUGGGUACGAUGAUUGGAGUUGGGAAAGAAUCGGAUAUUUAUUCAGUCAGUGAUCCUAAGGGAGUACAGAAGGUUAUUAAGAUACAUAGAUUGGGAAGAACUAGUUUUAAGACUGUGAAGAAUAAUCGUGAUUAUUUGAAGAAUAAACAGACUGGGAACUGGAUGUAUUUGUCAAGAUUGGCAGCUGGGAAGGAAUAUGAGUUUAUGACGAUUUUGUGGGAUAAUGGAUUUACUGUCCCGCAGCCAUUUGAUUAUUCGAGACAUUGUGUUAUGAUGGAAUGGAUUAAAGGGAUGCCGAUGAAACAUUUGAGACAGCAUGAUAAUUAUAAGAAAUUAUAUUCUGAUUUAAUGAAUUUUAUUGUGAAAUUAGCUAAUCAUGGUUUGAUUCAUUGUGAUUUUAAUGAAUUUAAUAUUAUAAUCAGAGAUAAAGCAGAAGCAAGUAAACAUGAAUUUGAUUUCGUGGUUAUUGAUUUCCCUCAGUGUGUAUCUAUAGAACACCCAGAUGCUAAAGAAUAUUUUGAUCGUGAUGUUCAAGGUAUUAGAGAUUUCUUUGAAAAGAAGUUUAGAUAUAGUCCAGAACAUGAUGCUACUAUGUUUGAUACCGAGGGGUAUGGUGAAGGGUAUAAAUAUGCUUAUCCUAAUUUCAAGAGAGAUGUGAUUAGAGAAAAGAAUUUGGAUGUUGAAGUGAAGGCUUCGGGUUAUGCAAAAAAGAGAACUGGAACUAAGGAAGAUAAAGAUUUGGAAAAAGCGGUAAUGGGGAUGAGAAUUGUUACAACUGAAGAUGAUGAUCUUUCUGAAAUUGAAGAUGAAGAAGGGGAUGAAGGUGAGUAUGAUGAUGAGGAAGAAGAAGAUGAAGAUGAAGACUUUGAAGAAGGAGAAGAAGAUGGAUUUGAUAGCGAAGAUGAAGAACAGAAAUUACAUGAAGAAAAUGAAAAGAUCAUAGAAGCAUUAUCUUUAGGUGAUAAGAAAUUAAAGAUGGAUAAAUUAGGUAAUUAUAUCUUAGAUGAGGAUUAA